CAAAGCUUGAGACGAGUGUCCGCUCCCGCACUUUCGAUUCCGCUUGCUGCUGUUUCUGUCGCUGCGGUAGUCCGCUGGUAAGACCCUCCUCAGACUCUCUGCGUUCCCUUUCGGAGGUCAGGAGACCUCCUAUGCCGCUGCCUCGCCCAGCACACUGGCGCCCCCUGCCCAGGACUCCUGAAGGCGGCAGGCGGCGCUUCUCCUCCCCACCACCGCCCAGCGCAGCCCACUCUGCGCUUAGAAGCCCUUCUCCCCAAAGACACACCCCUGAAGUGUCGCCCUUGUGCAGCUGAGGAGCCUGGGAUCCCAGAACUGAACCAGUGAACCCCCACUCCACCCCGAAGAAUGGGUAAGACGUUUUCCCAGCUGGGCUCUUGGCAGGAGGAUGAGAACAAGUCAAUCCUGUCCUCCAAUCCAACCGUUGGCAGCAAGGCUGCCAGCUACUCCAGUACCAGUAGCAGCAAGUCUUUUUGUUCCCGUGUGCCUUGUGAAGGAACUGCUGGUGCCAGCUUUGUGACUUGUCCCACCUGCCAAGGCAGUGGCAGGAUUCCCCGAGAGCUGGAGAAGCAGUUGGUGGCUCUCAUUCCCUAUGGGGACCAGAGACUGAAGCCCAAGCACACGAAGCUCUUUGUGUUCCUGGCGGUGCUCAUCUGCCUGGUGACUUCCUCCUUCGUCAUCUUUUUCCUGUUUCCCCGGUCCAUCCCUGUGCAGCCUGCAGGCCUCAACUCCUCCACGGUGGCCUUUGGCGAGUCUGAUAUCCACCUCAACAUAACGAAUGUCUUAAACAUCUUCAAUGGCAACUACUACCCCAUCACAGUGACGCAGCUGACUCUUGAGGUUCUGCACCUGUCCCUCGUGGUAGGGCAGGUUUCCAACAACCUUCUCCUACACAUUGGCCCUCUGGCUAGUGAACAGAUGUUUUAUGCAGUAGCCACCAGGAUACAGGAUGAAAACACAUACAAAAUCUGUACCUGGCCGAAAAUCAAAGUCCACCAUGUGCUUUUGCACAUCCAGGGCACCCUCACCUGUUCCUACCUGAGCCAUUCUGAGCAGCUGGUCUUCCAGAGCUAUGAAUAUGUGGACUGCCGAGGAAACGCAUCAGUGCCCCACCAGCUGACCCCUCACCCACCAUGACCUGUCUACUGUCCCUGUACUCCAGGCACCUGUAACCCAGGUCUAUAUCUCCCACAACUCCCUGGUGACUAAAGAAGGACUAUAGAGGCUUUGCCAAAGGAGAAGCCCUGCUUCAUCACGCUCUUCCCUCCUCAGCACAGGGAGCUUGCUUUGAAGUGAACUUCAUACACACACACUCAUAUCUUCUGAGUCGCCCAGAUUCUUUCAGGGGCUUCAGAAUCUUUCAGAUUCUGCCCUUGGUUAGUCUUUUUUUGGUAGAGACAGAGAGUUUCACUGUUGGCCCAGGCUGGUCUUGAACUCCUGGGCUCAAGCAAUCCUCCCUUCUUGGCCUCCCAAAGCACUUGGAUUACAGAUGUGAGUCACUGUGCCUGGCUGGUCUUUCUUGAGGAAAAUCUGACCUGGCAUUUUCUUGAGGCACCUUACUUUCCCAGAAGUGGCACCUUUCUUUUCAAGUACUGAGCACCUGGUCAGUCUGAAGGGGCCACUUCACCCCAACUCCAUCGGGGCUCAUUCUACUCUCUGAAUAUAGAGAAAGCUAUUGUUUUAUCUGGCUUUUAAAACGUGGACCCGCUGGCCGGGCGCAGUAGUUCACACCUGUAAUCCCAGCACUCUGGGAGAC